AAGCUUUCGUGCAGCAUGUCCCUCAACAGAGAAAGAAAUCAGUCUGAGAAAAACAACUGUACUGAUGGGAGAAUCUCCUGGGCCUCCAGACCUGACCAGAAUCCUGAACUUCAGAUCCAUCCAGUGUCCAUCUCACAUGAAGGGGAUUACAGGUGUGAAAUGGGAACACUUGAAGGAAAUUUUGAACAUACAUAUCACCUCCAAGUGUUAGUGCCCCCUGAAGUGACCCUGUCUCUGGAGAAGAACAGAACUGUGGAGUGCAAAGCAAUUGCAGGCAGGCCAGCUGCACAGAUUUUUUGGGCCCCGGAGGGGGAUUGUGUCACUGGGAAAGAAUACCAGGACAAUGGCACAGUGACGACCAGGAGUAGGUGCCAUUAUCCAGAUGGCAAUCUGUCCACCGUGACCUGCUUGGUCUCCCACCCGACUGGCAACAGGAGUCAAUCCAUAGAUCUGCUUCCUGGGAAACAAACCAGACCAUCAAAACCAGCUGUGUUGACAGGAGAAUAACCUGGGCCUCCAGACCUGACCAGAGUCCUCACCUUCAGAUUUAUGCAACAGCCAUCACUCAUGAUGGAUAUUUUAGGUGUCAAAUGGCAACAUAUCAUGGGAAUUUCUGUCGUGGAUAUCACCUCCAAG